AUGGCAGCAACCCAUAAACGUUCGUAUGAUGCUCUUAAAAACAAACUAAUUGAAGAACUCGAUCGCACUGAUGAAAAAAAGCAAACUGCUGCUACAGAAUUUCAUCACUUAAAGCAAAAGUCAUCCGAAUCUACUGAUGACUAUAGUCACAGAUUAUCAAGGAAAUGCGACCAAGCCUAUCCAUCCUUUUCCAAAGGAAAUAAACUGACUUUAUGUGCCCAACAUUUUGUUGAAGGUUUGAAUUCUGACCAUUUAAAGGAAAAACUUUCAUUGAUUAUCUGUCAGAAUCCUGACAUGCCCGAGUUUUACACUUUAGUUGAUACAGCUAGAAGAUUAUCACAUGGUGUAUCUAUUUCUAGUGGAAAUAAAUCCACGACAUCUGAUCCAAUUAUGAGUGUACGAUGUACUUACUGUAAAAAACUUGGGCAUACACUUAAUCGAUGCAGAUUAAGGAAGAACUCUGUUUCAAAUGAGAAAUCCGGACGGACGAAAACUGAUGAUUGGACAAAGAAUGCAAAGUGUUAUGUAUGUGGUAAACGUGGUCACAUCAGUAAGACAUGUUAUCAAGCGAAAAAACCUGUUCAUCAUGUUAAUUUUAACCAGACGUGUCCAACCAAAGAUGUUACUGUAGGAAAACUAACCAGCUCUGCUACGGUUGAUUCUGGUGCUGCAGUAACUUGUACUACUGUUCCCAAUAUGCAGAAGGCUUUUCCUGGUGGUUAUGAUAUGGAAUCCUGUAGUUCCGUAUUGACAGGUCCUUCUGGUGAACAGAUUCCAACUUUAGGUGUUAUAAACACUUAUGUACAGAUAGAUGGCCAUACCGUUCCUGCACGAAUUCAUAUUAUAGAUUCAGAAGAGGAUAUUUUCCUUAUUGGUUGGGAUAUUAUUUCAAAAUUUCAUAAAGUGACUAUUUCUCCAGCCAGUAAUAGUGUAGAUUUUGGACUUGUUGUUGAGAAUUCUGAAUGUGUUUCAGAAGUACGAGCUGUUACAACCACUGUGGUACCACCCCGUUCUCAGAAGAUAUUACGAGUACAAGUAUCACAUCCUUCACCAUCUGAUUCUGGAUUGCUUGUUGAACGAUUAACAACUUUUGAAGACAAAUCUGGGUUAUUUGUUGGACGUUGUGUCUCCAACUCUAAGACUCCUUUAGUAUUGCUUAUGAACCCUGAUUCCAUUAGUAAAACUGUGUAUGCUUCUCAACAAGUUGCUUGUGCAACUGCAUUAACAAUAAGUGCUACUUCAGAAAAAGAACCUAUUAAUAGUGUUGAGGAAAAAUCUUGGAAUAUUGGUCCAAUUAAUUCUUCAUAUAAAUCCAAACUACUUGAUUUGUUAGGUAAUUAUAAACCGGAUGUGUUUACCGGCUUAGGGUGUGCUAAGAAACAUUCUUACGAGUUAAAGCUAGCAGCUGAUGCUGAUUUGUCUAAAGUACGUGGUCGUCGUCUAAAAUCUAAUCCGCGUAUUAAUCAGGAAAUAGAAUCACAAGUUAAGUCGAUGUUAGACUCAAAUGUUAUUGAACCUGUUACUCGUGGUCAAGUCGAACGUCAAUCUAUUAUAGAGCGUGCUCAUUCUUUAGGACAUUUUAGUGCUCAACGAACCUUAGCUAAAUUAGUUAAUAGUAAAAUUACAUUAUCAGAGGUUCAAGAUUUUGUAGGUAAAUGCAAAACAUGUAUAACUGGACCUCAUGCCAUUCCCAGAAGUCCACAUGGUAUGACUAAAACUGCGCUUCGACCCUGGGAUAUAGUGCAUUGUGAUUUUGUUGGACCAUUACCUCGUUCAACUAACGGUUUUGAAUAUAUUUUUACGUUCAUGGAUGAUUUAACUAGGAUCAUGAAAUCUGAAUAA